GGUGAACACUGCUCUGCGUUUUGCGCAGAUUCUGACGGCUUGAGCGGACGGACGGACACGAGCGGCGAGCGCGGAGACAACACUAGAGAACGAGAGAGAGAACGAGAGAGACUGCGAUCGAUGGAAGAGGGUGGGCAACAGAGCAGGGUACCUACGCUGCCGCCGCCGCCGCCGCCACGCGCAAUUGUUGUGUGAUCGAGGGAGUGGGUGGUUCCCGCGAGCAACAAAGAAAGAGAGGAGGGGAAGAGAAAGAGGGGACGUUUCGGCGCUUCGGUCGAACAUGGAUUGGUUGAGUAUAGCUCUCUGAGCUCUCACACCCUAGGAUGGAAGAAGUGGGCACCGCACAGCCACACGCUCAGGCAGGCACGUCCCGUGAUGCGGACGCAGACGUGCGAUUGGCUGUGACAUCAUCAACAUGGCGGCCCGGUGAGCGGAAAAAACCUCCCGUUGCCUCGCGAUCGCUCGAAAUGCGCCGGAACGACCAACUGGCGACCGGUCACCAUGGCAACGAGCAUCACGGGAGGCGGGGAGCCGAGGAUCGGCCUGGGUCAUUGCCGGCGGCGACGUCGGGGGACGGGGCGCCGCCACCUAUCGUGGAUGCUGCGUAUGUAGAGGUAACCAUGGCGACGGAGGCAGGGCCGACGCGAAACCGGCCGAAUCAUCGUUCGCACCAGGAGAGAGCGGCCGGCGUGCGACACAGCCACGGUGGCGCCAUCGCUAGUGCACACAGCCACGGUGGCGCCCUCUCUAGUGCACACAGCCACGGUGGCGCCCUCUCUAGUGCACACAGGAACAGCGCGUCACUGCCUGCCAUCUAUAAUUGUAGCAGCGGCGACGCCGUCGUCCAUCGUGACUCGUCCGCAGAUGCCGCCGCGCACGGAUGCUGCUCGGCGGACGUCGGUAACCGUGGCAACGGCACGCCGCAUCAGCCGGCCGGCGUCGCCGAGUGGCGCCGGAGCGCGCCGCAGCAUCCGGAGGAUAACCGCGGUAACCACGGCAACGCGAGCCGGCACGUCAACAACAACAACGAAGGGGAGCGUGCGGCGGCGACGACGGCGACGUUGACGUCGAUGGGCGUUCGCACGAGCGUCGAGCGCGCGCCGCCGAUCGAGACUGCCGCCAACCCGCACGCUCUGCCCUCGACGCUCAACACGGGCAUCGUGCUCCGGCCCAUCUAUAGCGCGCAGGAGCUUCCCGACAUCCUCAACUCGCACAUGCGGCCACCGCCGCGCAGCCAGCGUGAGGAUGCGUCGCAGCUGCCGCGCGCUGGCAUGGGGGGAGGCAUCGGUCUCAUCCGCACCCACCGCAACGCUCCCAGCAUGGGAGUCUACAUAUCAGACCCGAUGUUUGACGACUUAGAACCGCCGAAGGGAUGCUGCGGAGAGGCGAUGAAUCAGACGAUCGGCAUGCGAUGGUUCGUCAUCUUCGUCGGCAUGAUCGGACUGCUCUGCAUCGUCAUCGGCAUCAUCCUCGGCGUUCUAGGUGGCGUCACAGUCGCAGGCUCCGAGUACGUCACCGUCGCCUUGCUACUCAUAG